GGCAACUAAAGAUUACGCUAUCGGCGCGUAGAUUGUAGUAUGCUGAAAUGAAGACACAAAAGUUGGCAUCACAUCGGGAGUCUACUAACAAGUCGAAGGAGAAAAUAAAAAACAGGAAACGUCUCGGGACAGGGUUAGAUAAUGUCUCUAGUAGCAAUAGUUCAUGUCAUGCAAUCGUAACUUCGUCCAAUCGCCACGAUCCUUUGGCGCACAUCAUUCGUCUUUCAAGUAAUCUCAAAGUACCUCGUUCUCCAAAACGCCAUUUAUGCGAUAUGAUCCACGUUGAGCAUUACGAAAAUGGUGGUGGUUAUGCUUUGCAUUCUUAUGCUGAUGAGUUAGCUCACCUUACGGCGGAUGAGUUAGCUUUGUUGGCUCGAAAAUAUUUCAAGAUAUUAUUUACCGAAAGAAGAAAAAGAGGCAUCCGUGUUCCUUUUUCCCAUUACUGUAUAGGUGUUGUCCAUGGGGCUGCGAGAAGGAUGCCGGAACUGUUGUCAUAUUUGUCAUCUGCCUAUCCUAAUCUCAAUGUCUCGACAAAUCCCCUGGAACAGAAAAACGCAACAGAAACCUUAUCUCUUUCACAGUAUGUAAAAAACGUUCAGAAAACUUACGCAAACGGCAUCUAUCGAUUUGGGCCACUGCAUGCAUUGAGUAUUGUUGGUGUUAAAGGUGAGGAACGUGGUUUUUUUGACAAGAGUCUCAUUGAGAUGAUUGAAAAAGACCCAUUCUUAAAGCUUGUAACACCAUGGGGUGUCUUAUCAAGUUUAAGUGGGAUGGACCCUCGAGAAAGUAACGAUGGACCUAUUCUGUGGUCUCGUCAUGGAGAACAAACUAUCCCUUUAUUCCCAACUACCAUGCGUGGCAGGAGACGUGUUAUCAAUGGUUGUAUUACAGACGUGGUUAUUGGUCGCCGCGCACUUGGUGGGCGUCAGAUAGCGGUUCAUGACAGAACUAAUUGCCAUGCUGACCACGCAGACGAUGGGCUAUCUCGUCAUACUACAGCAGCUGUCGGUUUACUAAAAGCAGUGUAUCCCCAUCGACCUGGAGAGGAAUCAGAAUUGCCCUAUUCAUCUUCCUAUCCCCUUCAUUUUGAGGAUGCUAACGGUGAUUUAAGUUCUAACACAAAUCCAUACGCAUACAAACUAAACCAACCUGCUAGAAUAGUCAAAGAUGUGGUUGUAUUUGAUCCACGUCAUUAUGUUGAUCUGAUUGAACGAUUACGCCUAGAUAUUAUGGAACCUCCCGCAAGCCAGUGUGGGUCAUUUUGGGCGGAUGAUGGUGAGCUUAAUCAGCUACAUUCCGAAGGCUUUCGUUAUGUUCGCCUGCCUCUUCGUGAUAAUGAUAUCUAUUUUAUCCCACGGAAUGUUGUACAUCAAUUCAAAUCUGUUUCAGCUGUAUCAAGUAUUGCAUGGCAUGUUCGUUUAAAAAAUUAUUACGACCAAUUACAACAUGAUGAUACAAGCGGAAUGUCUGAACAUAAUGAUUCUGAUCUAAAAAGUCUCGAUCAUGCCUAUCAGUCGUCUGAAUCCAUCAAGUCAACAUCUGAGUUAUCUGUCCUUAACGAUAUAAACACUAAUAGUAACUUAAAGAAGUCACCUGAAAGUAGUAUUCAUUCAUCAGCUAAUGAGUUAGCUAGUUGAAACCCACUCAUGAUUUCUUGUAUUUUGUUUUAAUUGUUGAUAUCUCAUUGUUUCUUUUUGUAAAAUAAGUCUAAUAUGGUUCGACUUUAUAUUCAUUGUUUGUUUUAUUCUUAACGUUGCUGUUAAAUAGCUGUGUAUGCAUGUGUCACUUUUCACUGAACUCAUUUGCAAUAUAAUAUCAUCUUUGCAUACCAUUUAAUUCUGGUUGUUUCUCAUUACUGUGAUUCCGUAUCUACUAGUUUAUUUCCUUUUCUACUUGGAUGAGUGUGUCCAAACACCUAAAAUCCUUUUGUACUAAUAUGAAAUUGUUAUUUACUUCAUCAGUUCCAGCUUGUUUUGUUUGCUUUAUCAUGUUUAGUUUCUCUUAUUCUGAUUUUCGUUUCUCUCUUAUGUUCCUACUUUUUGUUUGUUUUAAAAUAUGAAGUAAUUUUACAAGUUUUCAUCACGAGUUGCAUAAAUUGAUGUAAAAUAAUCCAUUCCUAGCUUCUUUCUUUAUUUCUUGUUUUCCUUUUCGGUAAGUAAUAGGUGCUAUUUUUAAACCAAAAGUCUUGAACCUCGG